UGCUAUGAUGCAGGAGAAUGAGAGUCUGGAAGACAUGGAGAAACUUAUGCAACAGGAGUUUAACCUGUAUGUGGGAGAGCAAGAGAGACUGCAGGUCGAGGGAGAGCAGGAUGUUACCAGGGGGAGGAAGGAAAUAAAGAUGGAGAAUCUGUCUGAGGGAGUUCCUGAAGAGAGAAUGCUGGGGUUCCAUGAAAGUCAAAGCGAAAGUCAUAAAGGUCUCUACACUAAAAAGAAAAAGUCAAGGAAUCAGGUGUGGGAGCACAAGAGAAUGAGAGUGCAGCUGGAGGAUCUCAGCAACAAAGCCAGAAAUAUCCAGACACUGAGUGUUUCGCAUGAUAUCCAAGAGUGCCUGAAUGAAACAAAUAGCCAUAACAGGAUCAAAGCAGCUCACAGCUUUGGAGAGGACCAGAGAACUGCAGUAAAUGUUACAUUUGCUCAAUACUUUUUAAGCACCUUAACAAGUAAUUAAGAUAAUGAGGGCUUUGCCAAAUUCAUAAUUUCUCUGCACAGGUAUUUCCAAGUUGUAAAUUCAGACUGGAUGAUUACAUUCAAUUAUCAAAUUCAAUGACAGACAUACGUUUGGUUAUUUUUCACUCUUUGCCCAUCAAAAGAAUGUCGUGCCUUAUAAGAAACAGAUAAAGCACCUGGACAGACAGGAUGCACAAAUGCUAUUGAAGAGCGCAGCCUUGGACUUGUAAGUGGCUGGUAUGGAGAUAACUGUUGAAGAGAGAAGAAAUGUUUACGAGGCUGUUGGUAACUGACUUUAUAUCUUAAUAUAAAAUAGAUAAUCCCAUAGGGAGAACCGGAACUUUUCCCAGUGGGCCGGCCACGAAAAGGGCCGAUAUGCCAAAGGGGGCCGCGAUAUGCAGAAAAGGACAGUUAAUUUGUUUUGGUGCAAUUUCAUUUAGAGUAUAACCUGAAUAAUUUCUCCAUUGUAAAGUGUUUUGUAAUAACAUGCUCUGAAAAUGCUUAAAACUGCUAAUGGGUUGUUAUUAUUA